GUUCACAAUCCUAUCCUAUCCGCGUAUGGCGUUUCUCGAUCAAUGAUAUCCCUCCCCCAAAUCCUCAGACCCCCCUGUUGACACCCACGCACCAACCCCAAAACAGCUAAGCGGCGCGGGAACUCUCCGUGCCGAAUCUCGAACGAAUUUGAAGCCAUUGCACUAUAUCGAACCCAACACGCUCCUCACAACGCCGGCCAAUCUUUCCCAUCAACCAUGUCCAAAACACGCUCAGCAACAGAUGUGGUGGUGAAGCUCAUUGUCGGAGCUGGACAGGCGACUCCGAGUCCUCCUGUCGGUCCGGCGCUGGGUAGUAAGGGUGUGAAGUCGAUGGAUUUUUGCAAGGAAUUCAACGCAAGAACCGCCCACAUGACCAUCGGCGUCCCCAUCCCCACCCGCGUCACCGUCCGCCCCGACCGCUCCUUCCACUUCGAGCUGCGCACGCCCACGACCUCGUACCUCCUCCUCACCGCGGCCGGCGCGCCGAUCCGCAAAUCGCAGCUCAAGGGCGCCAUGAACCCGGGGAAGGAGAGCGUGGGGACCGUGACGCUGAAGCAUAUCUAUGAGAUUGCGAAGAUUAAGCAGUCAGAGUUGAGGCUGAGUGGGUUGGGGAUGGAGGGGAUGUGUAGGACGGUUAUUGCGCAGGCGAAGAGUAUUGGGGUUACGGUUGUGCCGGUGGCCGGAUGGGAUGGGUUGUCUGAUACUCGGGGAUUGUAUACUACCAAGGAGGGAGGUCUGGCCAGAAGGGCUUUGAAGGACAACGACAACGACGACGACAACGACGACGACAACGACGACGACAACGACAACGACAACGACGACAACGACGACGACAACGACGACGACAACAACGACAACAACGACAACGACAACAACGACAACAACGACAACGACAACGACGACAACGACAACAACGACAACAACGACAACGACAACGACGACAACGACGACAACGACAACGACAACGAGUACACUCUUCUCCUUGUUGUACUCUAG